AUCUCACGUCAUGGCCGACAACCUUUAUGAAUACAUUCAUAAGUCUCAAGUCACAGCUUUGAAUGUAAACCCAGAACACGAGGUACAGUCAAUUAUAAAGGAAUACGCAGAGCGUAAUACAGUCACACCACAUAUAGAAAGCUGGGUAGAUGACCAACUGAUUGUUUUUAUCCCAUUCACUACAUCCGUAAAGCUGAAGGCUAUCCUUUUGGGUACAGAUAGUGGUGAUUUACGUCCGAGUGCUGUUAAAAUAUACAGUAACCACCCACAUUGUCCGGAUUUUGAACAACUUGAUGGCACUGCUUGUCUACAAGAUAUGUCUUUAGAAGCUACGUCCAAUGAGAGUAGCGGCGAUCUAGUGAAAGAAUAUCCAAUGAGGGUAGCACGCUUUACUAAUGUAUUCUCAAUCGUUCUCUUCUUCCCCAGCUCAUUCGGUGGUCAAAAUACGAGAAUAUACUACAUUGGCUUCAAAGGCGAGGUACUCACACCAAACAAGGAAAGAUCUGACAGGGUGAGUCUUGCAGACAAUUAG